AUGGGCCCAUUUUAUACACUUUUAACAUUAAUAAUAAUAUUUUUUAAACAACAUAAAGAAGUUUUGGAGUUAAUUAGAGAUUUAUAUGAAUCACAUUCUUUAUAUAUGUUUUUUCAACUAUUGGUUUUGUAUGGGGGAGGUGACGAUAAUUUAAUGAAUCAUUUUGUUUUACACGACCCAGAGCCAAUUUUUCAAUCAAAGAUAUUUCCAUUUUUAUCAAAUUAUAAAUACAAACCCACAGAAGUAUUUGUAUUUCAAUGUAUAGUAAUCAAGCCAUUAUUUACUUUUCUUUCAAUUCUUUGUAUAAAACAUCAUUGUUAUGGUUCAAGCUUAUUACACCUAAAAACAAUUUAUCCAUAUAAAACAAUAUUUAUUUCAAUCAGCUUAUCAUUAGCUUUAUCAGCCAUCAUGUUAUUUAUUAAAUAUUCAUAUCAUGAGUUGAUAGCAUAUAAACCUAUAUUAAAAUUUUUAUCAAUUAAAAUAGUUUUAGGGGUUUUCUUUUAUCAAAAUGUAGUAUUUUCAUUUAUCACAGUUUCUAAUGAAGAUUUGGUAGAUUUAAUAAAAAACCAGUUAAUAAUAUUCGAAUUGUUUUUAGUUUCUAUUUUACAUAUUUAUUCCUAUCCCUAUGAAUUCUAUAGGGUUUUAUCAAUGGUAGAUCCUUUACUUUAUAAAAUAAAAAAAAAUAGUUUUAUUAAUAAUAUAAUUAAUACAAUCAAUCAGAACGAUGUUAUAAUAGAAACAUAUCAGUCUUUAAAAAGCUCAUAUAAAACAACAAAUAAUAAUAACAAUCAAAAUGAUCAAUUUUACGACUUUGAUAUCGGUUCUACAGAAAUGGAGGAGUAUCUACCAAGUGGCUCGGUUAUUAAUGAUGGUGCCAGUAUUAUAGAAAAUAAUGGAAAAGAUAAUACUUUUUAAAAAUUUAUAAAAUACAAAUAUUUUCAUUAUAUAUCACCUUUAACUAAAUAAAAAUAUAGUGUUAUAAAUAAUAAACAAAUCUAUAGAUUUAAAAAAAUAAAAUAAAAAUAGUUUCUAAUAUUAUU